CAGUAUGGAAGCUACUACCAAUAUAAUAAUACUGGUACUAGCUCGAAAAACUCCUCCGUUACCAAUGAUAAUACUAGUGCUAGCUCGAGAAACUCCUCCAUGACCGAUAAUAAGAUGAUAAGAUUGUUUAGCUAUUAUUUCAAUAAGAUGAUAAGAUUGUUUUGCUAUUAUUUCAAAAUACCUAAGGCGUGCUGCUUUCUUGAAGGUGUUAUCAUCAGCCUUAACCUAGUUGAGUACGGUGUGUUGGUAGUGUUGAUGUCAUAUCUCACAAGUGAACUCGGUUACUCACUCAGAGGCGCUGUAGCGAUCGUGAACGUUUUUUCCUUCAUCAGUGGGUUACUGGCCAUAGUUGCAGAGUUUUGUAUAUUAAGGGUUGGAUGUUACAUUAUGGUGCUGGUCAACUCUAUUUCCUAUACUCUGGCGUUAGUGGUUCUUUUUAUUAAUUUCGAAAAUCGCGGGUCGUUAUCCUUACACGGAGCAUUGUUUCUACUAGCAGUAGGCCACGGCGUCUCUCUCGACAUGUAAUGAAGAAUUCAUGAGAGCUCAAAUGAAGAAAGCCAGCCAAGUUUCUAACAGAGACGAUGAAAAGAGAGACGAUAUUCGUUCUGCAAUUUCUACUAUGAAAAUCAAGAUUUUAAGUGUUGCCUUGUCUAAUUUGUUACUAAAUGCAGGAUUUUGGGAAGAUCAGUUUCUGAUAAGUAUAUUCAUCCUGUCCUUCACAACAUUCUGUCUGCUUGCUUGGAAAGUUGUACCUAUCAUAACCUCCACUAUUUGUAGUUCGUCGCAAUCCCCACAGGAUGAGGGUGGAAACAUGGAAAUAGCAUUGACCAGUAGUCAGUUACAAUCCCCACAGGAUGAGGAACAUCAUCCGAAAGAAGGAAACAUGGUAACAGCAUUGGGAAGUAAUCAGAAGAUUGGGUCAGUGAGAACUAGUCUCAGAAGCGCGGCUCCAAUAUGUUUCACAUUCCUCAUGUAUGGUAUAGUUUUCUCAACAGGGGAUACUUUCUUUCAGGACCAAGCAGGAUCUGUGGACACGUCUAGUAUGGGCGGUGAUUUUGUGUCUGUUCAGAUGUUACAGAUUAUAUCAAGAACUUCAAGAUUCAUUAUUAAUCAUCUGGUUUGUUAUUUUUUGUCUAAAAGAUCAAGAACUGGAACACUUGCAAUUUUGAUUAGAAUGGGGUUGGGAUGUUCUUUACUAUUGUUACUUGUACAAUUGCUCAGUGGACAGAGGUUGUGAGAUUGACUGCUAUCAAGAACCAAAAUACGUUCAAAGGCCCUGAUGAUAAAAUCGCUCGUGCUGAAAUUGGAGUUUACUUAUUCAUUCCUCAGUUUAUUGCACUGGGUUUCGUUACUGGGUUAGCAGGGGAACGACUCGAAGUUUUCUUCGAAAACGAAUAUUCAGGUUGGAUCAAGCAUUGUGCAGCGACUAUUACCGAAGCUUUGACUGGAACAGGAGCCCUUCUCACUGUAGUCUUAGUUUUGACUCUAGAUAUGAGUCGUAUUGAUGUCUUUUAUCACAUUCUAGUCAUAAUGUGUCUACUUAAUUUUAUCCCACUCUAUUCUGUGGCCUCAACUUGUUAUUACAGAAACAUCAAGAUACGGGAGUUUUGUUUGAUGGAUGUAACAAUUAACCUGAGACACUUUAUAAAUUAUACCGGAAC